AAAGGUAGGUCAAGCCCCUUCUGAUUCAAUGAAAGAUGCACUUCGACCAGUAAUGAGAGCUAUGGUUGGAAGUGAACUUUUAAAGAAUGCUGAUGUGGAUGUCAAAUUCUCUGUUGUAUCUUGUCUCUGUGAGCUUUCUAGAAUAACUGCCCCUCAGCAACCUUAUGAUGAUGGACUAAUGAAGGAAAUUUUCCAACUUAUAGUAAGGGCAUUUGAAGAUUUAUCUCAUUCAGCCCGCCAUUAUUAUAAGGCUGUGCAUGUUCUUGAAACUGUGGCAGAUGUCAAGGCCUGUGUGAUGCUGCUGGACCUUGAAUGUGAUGCCUUAGUUAUAGAGAUAUUCCAGCUGUUUCUCAGGAUCAUCAG